CUGCCUCUGAGCUGCUGAGACGGGGCUUUGCAGAGAAGGAAGCGGCGGGGCUGCCCUUGGCCGGGUGUCCGCCCUUAGCAGUUGAGGCCCCGGCGCGGGUCACACUUCCUACGCUGCAAACCCCGAGCUGUCUCGCGAGGCGGCCCCGCCCCUCCGGACUCCGGCCUGAUCGCGCUGGGGCCUCUCGGAGCCGGGAUCCUGGCCGCUUUGCCCCCGCUCAGAGCCGAGAUGUUCACUCUUCCUCCGAUGGAAUCUGAGGCACCUGCUGCCCGUCUGGGCUCAGCUGCCACACAGCACGUGGCCAGCCUAGAAGGAGAAUGUCCCAGAAAGACAGACUGGAAGCUGCCGGGCCUCUACGGAGUGGGGGAUCCCAUUGCCAUGUGCUCCUUGGACAUCUCCUGCCUGUCCUGUAGAGGCAGAGUCAUCAAAUGGUUCUGGGACUCGGCGGAGGAGGGCUACAGGACCUACCACGGGGACGAGUAUGAUGAGGACAGGAACCCCAGUGGCAUCAUUAACUUAGGCACCAGUGAGAACAAACUCUGCUUUGACCUGCUCUCCAGUCGGCUGAGUCAGAGCGACAUGCUGCAGGUGCAGCCGGCCCUGCUGCAGUACCCCGACUGGAGGGGACAUCCCUUCCUCCGGGAGGAAGUGGCCAAGUUUCUGUCUUAUUACUGCAAGAGCCUGGCCCCGCUCAAAGCAGAGAAUGUGGUUGUCCUGAACGGCUGUGCCUCUCUCUUCUUGGCUCUGGCCACAGUGCUGUGCGAGGUAGGGGAGGCCUUCCUGGUCCCCACCCCUUACUAUGGAGCCAUCACACAGCACGUCUAUCUCUAUGGCAACGUCCGACUGGCCUAUGUGUACCUGGACAGUGCGGUCACUGGUCCAGACACCCGCCCCUUCCAGCUCACCGUGGAGAAACUGGAGUUGGCCCUGCAAGGGGUUGAAUCGGAGGGUGUGAAAGUCAAAGGCCUCAUCCUCAUCAACCCCCAGAACCCCCUGGGCAACAUCUACUCCCCAGGAGAGAUGCAGGACUUCCUGGGAUUUGCCAAGAGGCACAAGCUGCACGUGAUCGUGGAUGAGGUCUACAUGUUGUCUGUGUUCGAGGAGUCGCUUGGGUACCACAGUAUCCUGAGCCUGGAGAGGCUGCCUGACCCCCAGAGGACCCACGUGAUGUGGUCCACCAGCAAGGACUUUGGGAUGUCUGGGCUCCGCUUCAGCACGCUGUACACAGAGAACAGAGACGUGGCCACUGCUGUAGCUGCCCUCUGCCCCUAUCACGGUGUCAGCGGCCUGCUGCAGUACCAGAUGGCCCAGCUGCUUCGAGACCAUGACUGGAUUGACCGAGUGUACCUGCCAGAGAACCACGCCCGGCUGAAGGCAGCCCACGCCUAUGUCUCGGAAGAGCUCCGGGCCCUGGGGGUCCCCUUCCUGAGAGGGGGCGCAGGCUUCUUCCUCUGGGUGGACCUGAGGAAGGGAUGCAGAGGCUCCGCCGGGUGCUGGAAGGCAGAUCCCGGGCCGCAGAGGACGUCCCUGCCGGUCACACCCAGGACCCCGGCGAGCAGCAGCGGAGAUGAGGCGGCCACGGCCCGUGAGCAGCCCCUGUCCCCACCGGCAGGAGACAGGAGCCGCCUGCCAGCGGGAUUCCCGGUGUGGCUUUGCCCACAGGAACUGCGCCUGCUUUUCUGGGUGACCGCGGGACACGCGCACCCAUACAGAACCGGGGUGUCCUGACGGCCCCGCUCAGGAUGCAAACGGCAGCAAACAACUUCACCUUUUUCCCACCGCCCCUUCUUGCCUCCAGCCUGGUUGCCAGGGCCACAAGCCAGAGGAACAGCAGAGUUUAAAAUCAAAUUUUUUAAAUGCUAACAUUCCAAGGAGAAUGGAAUCCAGGCUGUGUUCAGAUCACGGGAGCCAGGAACCCGGAAUCCCACCCUGGGAUCCGUGGGGUGGGGCUUCUCAGUGGGAAUUUCCCCUCCAUGCCAAGUGGCUCCUCCCUCUCUGGGACUCCGCUCCUCCCCCCUGGAAAGGCGCUGCUACCCUCACUGUCGUCCCCAAAGCACAGUGGCCUACCAGGGGUUACUGCGGGGAGUUUGGGGCUGGAACUCAGAGCCCCAGGAGUGCUUGGUUCAGACAGGAUGAGCGUUCCCAGCCUACAAACUGUGUGCUCAGGAACUUCUCAGGCGCUGAUGCUUCCUCAGGAAUGGGGCUGGCACUGCCUGUGGUCCCAGCUUCUCAGGAGGCUGAGGCAGGUGGAUCACUGGAGCCUGGGAGUUUGAGACCAGCUUGGGCAGUAGAACUGAAAGCCAUUCUCAAAACGAACAAAAGCUGACUCUUGCUUUCUUUUAAGAGAAUGUCAGUGACAUCAGUGUUUCUGUGCUGUAGUUCAUGGUAUUUGGCUUAGGUCCUUUUUAUUUUUUGUUUCAUUUUUCUUUUUUGAUCUCUCCUUUAUUCAUUCAUUCUUCCUCCCUGUCUUUUAUGGAGGACCCACUAGGAGGUGCGGUGAAAAAUACAGAGGAAAGCUCAAAUUAAAAAAAAAAAUUAUUCCAAUAAAAGCCGCAUUUGUUGUUUUCUAGACCACUUGAGAAAUAGUUGCAAGCAUGAAGCUCUUUAGAAUCUCUUAUUGUAUGGGGUGAGAAUGUUUAAGUUUUAAAAAUGUGUAAAAGACCCGCUGCCAUGAAUACCCCCGGCCCCCCGGCUUGGAACACACUCGUCCCGUCACCCUUGCCACGUUCUGAAGCAGCUCUCAUUGCACUUUUGUGAGCGUCUUCAGUGCCCUUUCCUGGCUGCCUCAGUGUCCUGAAUCCACUCAGAAUGACCUUUUGUGGUUGUUUUUACUUUGAGGAGGAGCCAGAAGUCUCACGGUGCCAGAUCCGGUGAAUAAGGGGGAAGAGGACCCAGUGUCACGUUUUUAUGAGCCUGCCUUUCUGUGGGACGUCCCUUGGCAACAGCAUUCAUUGUAUUUUUUAAUCAUACCUCAUAAAGACACUCACCUGGAGUGACUUGCUUUCAUCUAUUUGAGUGUUAAAUUUUAGCAAAUACGUUUUUUAUUU